CCUCUACGUAUCUCUGUAGUUUCUUUUCCGACCACGUUUUGUUUUAUUGAAUAUCCCAAUGACCACUACCUUUUGCAAAUGUUAAUGAAGAACUUUGAAAAGUAUAAAAGUGGUGUGUGUAAGGAAGAAUUUCAUUAUGGACAGAUCAAUCCACACAGAUCAAUCCACGACAGACUGAUAAACUUUCACCUCUAAAAGUCAAUUCAUCUCAUCGUCGAUGGAGUGGAAACACCUAGAAUCUCCAACUCUUUUUCCUGUUAACUCCUCAGUUUCUGAAGUAGAAAGAAGCCCAUACUUAAAAGCCUUACUCGUUUCUGCAAAAGUGGACAGAAAAAUGGAUCAUCAUCCUUCACAACUUGAUUCUCCAGUUUCCUUGAAGGAAGAGGAGGAGUCUACUGUGUGUCAACAAUGGCAGUUCUCAAUACAUCAGAAUCUGGAGAACCAAGUGAACACUUUAUUAGACAAAGUGAGUAUGUCUUGUGCAAAAGGAUACGCAAUUAACCAUAACUUGACUGGCCAAAUCGAAAACAUCGAGAAUCAACAACGAAAUCCCAGUUCACCAGAUCGAUUGCCCAGCAGAUUAGCGUCUCCAUGGACUAAAGAAGAUUAUUUCUUGUCAGAUGAGCGCCUCCGUUUCUUGCUUGAUGACCCGAGGCUAUUGCAGGAACUUGUGUCUGAGGAAAAUCGCAGAGCUUCUUCCCAUGAUAUUAAUCUGGCAAAUUUUUCAAACGGCGACCACCCGGCCAUUCAGUUGGUGACUUUCUCUCGCCUUUGCCGUCUUUACGAGUCAGUUUUAAGUCCGAUUAGUAUUCGCCUAAGUUAUUCUGGGACCACGCCUGUUAUUCUGGUGAUCAACUCGGAAGAUGAAUACAAGUUUAUCAGCAUGAGUACCGAAAUCACCGACAUCCAGAAACUACCCGACUGCGCCGAAAUUCCAUUCAUCAUUUCCGAGCUACUCAACAACUUCGACGAGAAGAUCGACCGCAAUCGGUAUAUAUUCCUACUGUACAACGUAUACUACGAAUGUUGGGAACUGGUUGGAUCCCUCAGUGAUGCUUCCUUCAACACUGCAAUUACGGUGGAAACUCCAUUCGAACAUCCAUCGGAUGUUGUAUUGGUUUCCGUUGAAGACCAGGAUCAGGACUGUGUUUUACUUCUGUCAAACGAUGAUCACAUGGAUGUCGAAGACUCUACUCAAACAGCCGAAGCAGACCUUCAGUGCAUUGAUGAGUUGACUACUGAAGCUAUGCAUCAACAUUUGAAUGACAAUCCUCAAGAGGAGGAUACUAUUUUGCUACAGGAUCGACUAGAGCAUCAGAUUUACUCUUGCCCGGAUUUCAUUUUCCCUUGGUUGAUUGACAUGAUGAUGUCACCUUCGAUAUCACCUUCGAUAUCACCCUCGAUAUCACCCCCUAUCAUAACGGUCGAUGAAGAUGAGCCAACACCGAAAGAACCUGAAAUUGCACAAGUCAAAAAGUUCAAAUGUGAAACUUGUGAAAAGGUAUUUCGUUUGAAAUGUACUUUGAAUGCUCACCAAGUGAUACACAACCCAGCGAAAUGGAAGCAAUGCUCUUAUUGCGAUUAUAAAACACCUCGAUCUACUACAAUGAAAAGCCACGUCGCAAGAUUUCAUUGGUGUGAAACUCAGAAAAAAAACGACGUUUAGUAACGUUUCCGUACUUCCCAGACCAUUUGUUUGUUCAAUCAGAAUGGAAUAAUCCCUUCUGUUAAAAUGUGAAACCCAACUUUACCAAGUUCAGUGAGAGAAAGGAAAAUAUUCUCAGAAGUAUUGUUUCUUUUCUGUUAAAGGAAUCAAUUCAAUUUAUUCCUAAUGUUAAAAGUGCACUUCCAAAUAGAUUGAAGACAAAAGAAGUACUUUUUUGUUGAUCGGGAUCGAAAAGAAAAAAAAAUCGGUAACAUCCCUGGGUUUUUCUUUGGAAUUAUGGAAAUAAUUGUAUUUUAGCAUCUGAUCCGCACUAGUCUUAAUAUCUCAUUUUAAAAGAGGUCAAAAGCAUUACUUUAUAACUGCUUAAUUUCUAAUGCCAUUUUGGAGCUCUUCAGUUACCCAAGGACUUUGAGGAAUUGAAGAGAGUACCACAGUCAAUAUACAGAGGAGCGCUAAAAAUGAUCCGCAAUAAUGGCUACUCACUCAGCUUAAUCGUUGUACCUGUCAAGAUACUUUUCGGUCUAUUAAAUUAAAAUUUUCAUUGCAGUGUAACUGAAUUGGGAAAACUGGUUAACAGUAUUUAAAAAGUUGGAGCUCGAGGAGUUGGAGUUUGUGUGUUACGCUAUGAUGCCCGAUUUGUUUUAUGUAUCUUAUCAAGUCAGCAAGAAGCAUUUUGUUAAAAAAAAAUAAGUUUUUUUUUUAUUUAGUCAUGUUUUAAAAAUUUUUAAAUAGAAAAGAGUUCAAAUGGCAAUUGCAUUCCAGUGAUUCCAGCGAUUCCGGAAGGACAAAAUUCAAUCCCCAUGAAUCUGGCAACCUUGAACCCGAACUGUCAACGUCGGUCGACGUCAUUCUUACAAUUUGCUUUUCUUAAUCUUAUCGUGUUAUCAGUGUUAUUGAUUUUUAAUUGUUUAUUUUAAUUUAUUGGACUAAUUUGAAUAGGCUAUAGAUAGAACCCCAAGAAGUUGUUAUCUAUUGAAGAUAAAACCUGAUUCUCUAAGAUGACAAGAACCCGCAGUGCCAGUGAUUCAACUAUUGGCAGUAAGGAUGUGGUCAUCAGCGAACAUGAAUCCUGUGUGAUAGAUGGCUUUGUAUUUUUUUCGUUUGCGACCGCCGAUGAUCAGCUAGCAUUUUCACGAUUAUCAACGAGUGAACUGCGCGAGGUUCCUGUACUCAUUCAUCCAGUUGCCCCAAAUAUUGCUGAAACCAAAGAUGUACUCUUCAUCGAUUGCGGCACUUCCGAUUUGAAAGGAAAUACAGAUAAGACUCAUCGCGAGAAAAAAACUUGCUCUUUAUGCGGGGAGGCAUUCGCGUUUGAAUUUUCUCUCGAAUUUCAUCUUCGUUACAUUAUCCCGAAAAAUUCAAAAAAACUUUACUGUGAAUUUUGCCCCCAUAUCUCUUUAAGCGGUGAAACUAUGCGAAUGCAUAACCAACAUGUUCACGGCAAAAAAAUCUUCGAUCGGUAUAAAGGCCAAGAUUUUUUAAAAGAACUGUGUGGUGGAACAGUUCCAACCUGUAAGCCAUUGUGGUGGAACAGUUCCAACCUGUAAGCUAACCAUGUUUUUGAACCAAUCCUAUCUUUUCUUCGUGUGACAAUUUGAAAUCUCUUUUUAAAAUCAUGAAAACGCAAACGCAAUUAUUCGUUGCCCAUUGGGUUAUUGCGUUCAUUAAUUAUUUUACUUUUGUUCUAGAAUUCAAAAUAAACUAUCAUUUCAGUUUAAA